AUGUUGCGUUCCUCUGUCUUCCGCAUGAUGAGCCAAACUACCAACUUGAACCACUCUACUCGUCUCUUCAGCAGUGCUUCUGCUGUCUUGCAAAAGUUCCGUACUGAACGCGAUACUUUUGGUGACCUUCAAGUUCCUGCUGACAGAUAUUGGGGCGCUCAAACUCAAAGAUCUCUUCAAAACUUUGAUAUCGGUGGUCCUGGUGAACGUAUGCCCGAACCCUUGAUCCGUGCUUUCGGUGUUCUCAAGAAGGCCGCUGCCACUGUUAACAUGACCUAUGGCUUGGAUCCCAAGAUUGGUGAAGCUAUUCAAAAGGCUGCUGAUGAGGUCAUUGAUGGAUCUUUGAUCGACCACUUCCCUCUUGUUGUUUGGCAAACCGGUUCCGGCACUCAAACCAACAUGAACGUCAACGAGGUUAUUUCCAACCGUGCUAUCGAACUUCUCGGUGGUGAGCUUGGUACCAAGACUCCAGUUCACCCUAACGAUCACGUCAACAUGAGUCAAUCAUCUAACGAUACUUUCCCUACCGCCAUGCACGUUGCUGCUGUUGUCGAAAUCCAUCAUCGCCUCAUCCCUGCCUUGACCACCUUACGUGACGCUCUUCAAGCCAAGUCUGAUGAAUUCAAGGAUAUCAUUAAGAUCGGUCGUACUCACUUGCAAGAUGCUACACCUUUGACCCUCGGCCAAGAAUUCUCUGGUUACACCCAACAAUUGACCUAUGGUAUUGCUCGUGUUGAAAGCACCUUGGAACGUCUCUACAACCUUGCUCAAGGUGGUACUGCUGUUGGUACCGGUCUUAACACCAAGAAGGGUUUUGACGUCAAGGUUGCCGACACCAUUGCCAAGAUCACUGGUCUUCCUUUCAAAACCGCCCCCAACAAGUUUGAGGCUCUUGCUGCCCAUGAUGCUAUUGUCGAAGCCCAUGGUGCUCUCAACACCGUUGCUUGUUCUCUUAUGAAGAUUGCCAACGAUAUUCGUUAUCUUGGUUCCGGACCUCGUUGCGGUCUUGGUGAACUCUCCUUACCCGAAAACGAACCUGGAUCCUCCAUUAUGCCUGGUAAGGUCAACCCUACUCAAUGUGAAGCUAUGACCAUGGUCUGUUCUCAAGUCAUGGGUAACAACACUGCCGUCUCUGUUGCUGGCUCUAAUGGUCAAUUCGAGCUCAAUGUCUUUAAGCCUGUCAUGAUCAAGAACUUGCUUCAAUCUGUUCGUCUUCUUUCUGACGCUUCCGUCUCAUUCACCAAGAACUGUGUUGUUGGUAUCAAGGCUAAUGAAAAGAGAAUUGAAAGCAUCAUGAACGAGUCCUUGAUGUUGGUCACUGCUCUUAACCCUCACAUUGGUUACGAUAAGGCUGCUCAAUGUGCCAAGAAGGCUCACAAGGAAGGUACUACCUUGAAGGAAGCUGCUCUCUCUCUUGGUUACUUGACUUCUGAACAAUUUGAUCAGUGGGUCAGACCUGAAAACAUGAUCUCUGCCAAGGAUUAA